ACUCACUAAGAACGGACGUGUUGAAUAAUUACAACAAUAAUCAAAUAAUAAAUUUUGUUGAAUCAGUGCCCUCAAUUCACACAUACGCGCUAAUAGCCUUGAUAUUAUGUGUAAAGUGUUUUAAUGAAAAUGAUAAGUAAAUAAUUAGAAAAUAGACUAUUUUUCAACAAUGGAGAGCAGUCCCAGCAGGACUGUGGGCAGCCCAACUACGCCCGCAACAAAAACUAGUGUGCCGAUCCAAAAGGAUGAUCUGCUCGAGGUAAUUCCUACGCCUGAAAUUCAAAAUUGGAUGACAACCAUUGAGCAGUGUUUAAAUGAGAUAUGCACUAUUUCAUCUGAAGGAAAACUCAAUAUGGAGCAAAAACUAAGAAUAAGCAACUUAUGCCGGAAAGUAACUCAUGGCACAUCUCAGAUGGCAGUCCAGUACCAAGCCCUCAAGAUAAAAGUCUCUAGAGCCCAUACCGUUAUCAGUUCCCUAGAAGACCAGAUGGAUGUGUCGCAACGAUUAAAAGACCUGCAACAACACAUUGAUGAAUCAAUGAAACCUACCAUGGGAACUUCAUUCGCUGACAUGGUUAAGAAAGGUGCCAACAACUUUAUUCAUCCAUCGAAAUUACAAUCAGUGGCCAUUUAUCCAGAGGACAAAUCGAAAUCUAGCGAGGAGACAAAAACUUUAGUCCAAAAAAUUAUCCGCCCUGAACAAAUGAAGUUACAUGUAAGGGGUCUAAGAAAAACGAAGAAUGGAGGCGUCAUCAUUAGCACGGAUACAAAGGACGAUAUCGAGAAAUUAAAACAGUCGGAGCAACUUACGAAAUCAGGCUUUACAAUUGAUGAACACCGUAAAAGGAAUCCACGAGUAGUAGUUAUUGGAGUGCCCUCAGCUAUGCAAGAAAAUGAAGUUUUUAAUUGUUUAUACCAUCAGAAUAUAGCCGACAAACUACAAAAUUGUGACCUCGAGAUGUUUUUGGCAUCAGUUAAGCUAAGCCAUAAAUCAGGUAAGAAAGACGCUGAAACUUGUAAUUAUAUAAUAGAAGUAUCUCCUGCCAUACGCAAAGCCCUGAUAUCAAAAGAGCGAGUUUUUGUGAACUGGUCUUCUUGCCCUGUGAGAGACUUCACUUUAGUUACUAGAUGCUAUAAAUGUCAUCAGUAUGGUCAUGCGGCCAAAUACUGUCGGGAGACCACUCAUACCUGUGGCCAUUGUGGAGAACAAGGACACACAUUGAAAGAAUGCCCAAAGAAAGUCGACGAGCCAAAAUGUGCUACUUGUUUUCAUUUUAAAAAACCAGACAACCACAAUACAGGUGCUUCAGAUUGCCCGGCAAAAAUUAUAGCAGAAAGGAGAUACAUCAAUUCUAUUGACUAUGCAGGCGCCUAAGAGCGCCGUCAAUUAGAUAUUUUUCUGACCUUUUCUGCUAUUGUUUUUAGGUUACAUUCUUAGAUUAUGAUUAAUAAUUUAAUUGAUGACUUAGACAAUUUCUCUGUAUCAGAAUCUAGGGCAUGUGAUGUUGACUAUGACCCAGUUUACAAUUCUGCUGACCCACAGUUUAGUAUGACAUACUUAAUUCAACAAAUUCAACAAGCAAUUCAGCAAAACACCACAAAACAUCAGCUGAAAAUGGCUCUCAAACAGGUUCUACAAAGUAUGUCCUGUGAAGAUACAGAGAAAUUACUAAUUGUGUUAAAAUAAGUAUCCUUUAUUUAAGUCUAUAAUUAGGUAUAUGUAUGUAUUAAGUAUAAGAAUUCAUUAUGAAAUAAUUAUGUUUUACACUUUACAUUUGUUCCUAUUUGUAUUGUUAAGAGAUUUGAUGUUGUUGUCAUGUUAUGUUUGAAUGUAAUCGCCUGAAACACAGGACUACCUAGUUCAGGCAAAUUACCCCUGUAAUAUGUGUGUUUAUUUUAAGGAAGAUGCUAUAUUUAAGUACAUUGUGACUAAGUUUU